UGGUGGGUCCCGGCCAGUGGCCGCCGCCCGGGGGAUGGCGGGUGUCCAUGGGGGCAUCGCCGCCUCUCAUUACCAACCGGGUGUCCCCAGGGAGCGGCUGCGGCGCCCGGGGGCGGCCACUCCUCGUCCCCCGCCUGCCGGGGGCUGCCCCGUUGUGGGGGGAGCGGAGAACGUGUCCCAGCCCGUCCCGCUUGACUCAGUGGGACUGAUAAACGUCAAGAGAUGUCAACUCCCCCUCUCGCUGGGGCAGGCAUGCCACCCGGUGCCUUCUCAGGGACGCAGGCUCAGGCAGCUAGGGAGGUAAAUACGGCUUCUCUCUGUCGAAUUGGCCAAGAGACUGUACAGGACAUUGUAUUUCGAACCAUGGAAAUCUUCCAGCUACUGAGGAACAUGCAGUUACCGAACGGCGUUACUUAUCAUACUGGAACGUAUCAAGACAGACUGGGAAAGCUGCAGGAACAUCUCCGACAGCUAUCAAUACUCUUCAGAAAACUGAGACUAGUCUAUGACAAAUGCAAUGAAAACUGUGCUGGGCUUGAUCCUGUUCCCAUAGAACAACUUAUUCCGUAUGUUGAAGAAGAUGGCUCCAAGCACGAUGAUCGUGGUGCUGCAAGUCAGCUUCGUUUUGCUAGUGAAGAGAGAAGGGAAAUCAUGGAAGUUAAUAAGAAACUGAAACAGAAGAAUCAGCAGCUGAAGCAGAUCAUGGAUCAGUUACGGAAUCUCAUUUGGGACAUAAAUGCCAUGUUGGCAAUGCGGAACUGAACAAGGGAAAUCAAACUUUGUAAUUGGAAAAGAUAAGCGUUUGUUUUGAUAUGCCUAAUUUCUUUCUAAAAGCAGCAUGUUUUCCCACAACCAUAUUUCAGUAAUGUUUAAAAAGUCUUCAAGAUUAAAAUGUUGGAUUUUUGUAAUAACUUAAGUAGUAUUGGCCUUGUUUUUAUAAAAGAUUCAUCCUACAGGUUUUACCUGAGUGAUUCACUUAGGCUGAAUAUAAUACAGCCUAAGUAAUUUACAGUAAUAAUUUGGAUUGCUAUGCAAAUGGGUUUUUUAUAAAUCAAGUGUUUCUAGGUUUCUAUAAUAAUGCACUUAACAGUGUUUUAAAAACAUGUGUUUGCAUGUCAUUCUGCAGUGAAAAUCACCUCUACAGACAGGAAAAGUUGCCUUACAGAGAAGUCACUCUAGCAAGUUACAGAACCAAAAUAAGUGAUCAGAUAUUACAAUGCAAUAUGUUUCCCUAUUGUGGGAACUAAACUACAGACUACUACACCAUAUAUGUUCAUCUUAUUCUAUAUCCUAUCACUGGAUAUAUGUUAUAUGAGAUAAUCAGAGCAAAAUUCAAAAGCUACAUAGAAGUACCCCUAUAUCCUUAUGGAUAUAAUUAAGUCUUUUUAAGCAAAGACUACAUACGUAUAUUCUCAACCUUAACUUCUCUGAAACUACAUGUUAUAAUUUCUUGACUACUGCUCCAGCUUUUGUAUGGUGUAGUAUUCCUAUAGCAUCAUGUCUGGUUGGAGUACUUCAGCUUUGUUUACCAGAAUGCACUGAAUAAUGCCUCAUUAAUCUUUUCCCUAUGACUGCCAGCCCUAGAAAACUUUGGAGUCUAUGAGCAGUUCAUUAUUUUGAAUUAAUCAUCAACCUUCAUCUUUCUUUGUUCUGCCUCUGGUAUUCCUCACAAUUUUCAUUAGCCCUGGAAAUAUUUUUAAUCAUUUGCGUUAUCCACAGAUUCUGCCAGUGGACUAUGUGUCUCUUUUUCCAGAUGAAAGAAUCUGUAAAAUAAUACUAUUUCAGUACAAAUCCAUAGGGUGCUCUACUGUUAAUAUUUGCCAAGUUGAAAACUGCCCAUCCUCAUGAUUUGCUCCUCAUGUAUUGCUUUUAACUCUCUAAUUCCAUGCCCAGUCAGAUUCCAUAAUGGUUUUGUGAUAGAUUUGUUCAGAACCUGAAGAGUCCAGUUAAAUGGUAUCCUUUUAAAAGAUAUCCCCUUUACAAUACGGGGGAUUGAUACUGAAUUAUGAUUGACUUGAGAUGGAUGGUUUUAAAAAUGUUAUACUGAUUUGUUGUUCUGUUAGUCCUUUUUUAUUUCAUUUUUUUAAUAAUUUCAACCCAUUUGUCUACUUCUUGAGGUAAAAAUCACUGGCCUGUAAUAGAUGUGGUCACACCUGGUUAACAAUAUAUGACUUUCCCCUGAAAUUAGGUACAACAUAGUUAUCUUUUAUUUCUCCUUUUGAAGGCUUUAAAUCUGACAGAUGAAUGGACACCCGGGCUUAUAAUUGGAAAUAAACAGAGUGGGAAAAUGUUGGUUUUGAUUAGUUUACCCAGUGCUGAAAGUGAUAUGUAACUAUGGCAAUACCUAGACGUGAGUCGAUGUGGAAACACCUUAGAAAUAAGGUCGCUUUCUUUUCUCCCGUAUUGCAGAGGGGAGAGUGGGUGCCUCGCUCGGUGGCAGAACUGUUGGAGUCUCAUUUAGACUGACCUCUGGCUGCUUGGUCAGGAAUAAUGGUUGAAAACAGAUCAAAAUUUUGAAGAAAGCUUUUGAAAAGGAGAUGAAGACUGAAAGCAGAGAGAUUAUUUUUUUGUUUGUUUAAGAUGCAGGCACAUUUUUGUAUUUGCAAGGCACAGUGGCAGCUUUCUCUUCAGUGUGUGUAUAAGCAUGUAUCCAGCCUAGAAGAAGUAUUUGAAAUGGAUUUUGAAAUGGCACCAAGAUCUUAAUUAUGAGUGUGAAAUUCUCAGUAUGUAGUAUUUUCUUCUAUUUUUGGAACGAUUAUGGAAAAUUGAGAUUAGUCUAGACAUUACUGCCUGCAUACUAUCUGUGUAUUCUUACUGAAUGUCUUUAAAGUUUGUUGACUUUUUUGUUGCGUAUAAACUGCAGAAGUAACUCAAAAUGUGAAUAAAAGUCCAAAUAUUGCAAUUGGA